AUGUCACUAAAAGUAGGCUCUAUCGACGUUCUACAGCGUUCGAUCGAGGAUCCCAAUUCAGAUCCCCGAUAUGACGGCCCGGAACCAAGCCUGACAAUCCUGGAAAAGGGGUUCAGGAAGGAGCCUGACGCAGCGGCCUUUCAAAUCGCCACUGUUUUUGAAAAGGACGUCAAAAUCAGUUUGCGGGACGGGGUGAAGAUUAGAGCAGAUAUUUUCCGUCCUCAAGAUGAUGUUAAGGUUCCUGUACUGAUCGCCUGGAGUCCUUAUGGUAAAACAGGCCGCGGUAUCAACCCGAUUGAAAUGAUCCCCGGUCGUGUUGGUGUUCCGAAAUCACGACUUUCAAAAUUUGAAAAGUUCGAAGCACCCGACCCCGCUGAAUGGACUGCCCGUGGCUAUGCAAUUGCGAAUGUUGACGCAAGAGGUGUAUAUGAUUCCGAAGGUAACGUUCGCCGAAGGCAGAGACGGAUAGGGAACUUGUUGCAGAACAUCAAUAUUCCCCUGCAGGAUCUCAAGCUUGACGCAAAUGACGUUGAACCAAUCAAUCCACUGAAGUACCUUGGUCCGUCAGGAUGUCUUCGUGCUAGCCAUGCUGCUAUUGACAAGGAAAUGUCGACCUCGUCUUUCCCCGAGCACGACUAUUCAUCCAGAGCUCCUGUGCUAAAAGGAAAGAUUGUCAAAUUGGAGAUCGGCAUCUGGCAGACCGGCAUGGUGUUUGAUGCAGGUGAAAAGCUCGUUCUCAGAGUCUCUGGUCACAGCAUGACCUUGGCUGAAUUCGUACCAUUGAGAGGUCAAUUAGCCAACGGAAACGUGGGGAAGCAUCAUGUUCAUUGCGGAGGCGAGAACCAAAGCAAAUUGGUCAUUCCUCUGGUGGAAGUCUGA